AUGACAUAUGAAGACAUUCAGUAUAUCAUAGAUAAUAUGUCAGUUGAUUACAGCAUUAAGAUAGAAUCACCCACCUGUGCUCAGCUGAAAGACACUUUGCUAAGUGAUGAAAAAAAUUCUGAAUUGUCACAUUCUAAUCUCAGUUCAGGAAGUGAUAAGAAAAAUUCUGAAUUGUCUCAUACUAAUACUUCAAAGUCUGGAGGCUAA